AUGACACACCAGAUGACUCACACAGAGGAUAAACCGUAUGAGCGUCCAGAUUGUGGGAAAAAUUUCAGUCAGAAUUCCGUCCUAAUGACACACCAGAGGAUUCAUUUCCAGGCCAAAUUGUAUGAAUGUCAGGAGUGUAAGAAAAGUUUCAGUCAUAAUUCCAGCCUCGUGAAACACCAGAGGACUCACACAGGAGAGAAACCGUAUGAAUGUUCAGAAUGUGGGAAAACUUUCAGCCAGAAUUCUACCCUCGUGAUACACCAGAGGACUCAUACAGGAGAGAAACCGUAUCAGUGUCCAGAUUGUGGGAAAAGUUUCAGUCACCCUUCCAAUCUUGUGCAACACCAGAGGACUCACACAGGAGAGAAACUGUAUGAAUGUCUAGAAUGUGGGAAAAGUUUCAGUCAUAAUUCCAGCCUUGUGAAACACCAGAGGACUCACACAGGAGAGAAACCGUAUGAAUGUUCAGAAUGUGGGAAAUGUUUCAGUAACACUUCCAACCUGGUGACACACCAGAGGACUCACACAGGAGAGAAACUGUAUGAAUGUCCAGAAUGUGGGAAAAGUUUCAGUCAGACUUCCAACCUUGUGAAACACCAUAGGACUCACACAGGAGAGAAACCGUAUGAAUGUCCAGAAUGUGGGAAAUGUUUCAGUAACACUUCCAACCUGGUGACCCACCAGAGGACUCACACAGGAGAGAAACCGUAUCAAUGUCCAGAUUGUGGGAAAAGUUUCAGGUACACUUCCAGCCUUGUGCAACACCAGAGGACUCACACAGGAGAAAAACCGUAUGAAUGUUCAGAAUGUGGGAAAUGUUUCAGUAACACUUCCAACCUGGUGACACACCAGAGGACUCAUACAGGAGAGAAACCAUAUGAGUGUCCAGAUUGUGGGAAAAGUUUCAGUAACACUUCCAAUCUGGUGACACACCAGAGGACUCACACAGAGGACAAACUGUAUGAGUGUGCAGAAUGUGGGAAAUGUUUCAGUAAGAAUACCAACCUGGUGACACACCAGAGAACUCACACAGGAGAGAAACCGUAUGAAUGUCCAGAAUGUGGGAAAAGUUUCAGUCAUCAUUCCAGCCUUGUGCAACACCAGAGGACUCACACAGGAGAGAAACUGUAUGAAUGUCCAGAAUGUGGGAAAUGUUUCACUAAGAAUACCAACCUGUUGACACACCAGAGAACUCACACAGGAGAGAAACCGUAUGAAUGUCCAGAAUGUGGGAAAUGUUUCAGUAAGAAUUCCAACCUGGUGACACACCAAAGGACUCACACAGGAGAGAGACUGUAUGUGUGUCCAGAAUGUGGGAAAAGUUUCAGUCAUAUUUCCAGUGUGAUAAGACAUCAGAGGACUCACACAGGAGAAAAACCAUAUGAAUGUCCUGAGUGUGGCAAAAGUUUCAGUCAGAAUUCCAGCCUAAUGAAACACCGGAGGACUCAUUUCCAGGACAAAUUGUAUGAAUGUAGAGAAAAGUUUCAGUCAUCGGCCCUCCCCGAGCUGCCUGAUGUGAUAGCCGGGGUGGCGGUUGGUACCCCCAAGCUGAUGGUCGUGGAGGAUUUCAACCUGCCAUCGAGUAUUAGAUUGCUAGAGAGGAUGUGGAGGACAGAGGACGUUCCUCUUCCGGGUCACCCACGGGAGGAGGACGGAGGCGUCGGCGGAGCCUCUUGUGCUGCUCGGAGGGCGGAAGCGGCUCCUGGGAGUCACAAUUCCACCCUGGUAAUACACCAGAAGACUCACAUGGGAGAGACACCCUUUGCAUAUCCUGACUGGGGGAAAAGUUUCAGUAGAAAUUCCAGCCUCAUGACACACAGAAGGACUCACACAGGAAAGAAACCAUAUGAAUGCCGAAAGUGUGGGAAAAGUUUCAGAUGGAAUUCCCACUUGGUAUCACAUCAGAAGACUCACACGGGAGAGAAACCAUAUGAGUGUCCAGAAUGUGGGAAAAGGUUCAUUAAUAAUGCCAGCCUGGUGACACACCAGAGGAUUCACACAGGAGAAAAACCAUAUGAAUGUCCAGAGUGUGGGAAAUAUUUCAGUAGAAAUUCCAACCUGGUGAUACACCAGAGGACUCACACGGGAGACAAACCGUAUGUGUGUCCAGAGUGUGGGAAAAGUUUCAGUCAUAAUUCCAGACUCGUGACACACCAGAGGACUCACACAGGAGAGAAACCGUAUGAAUGUCCAGUGUGUGGGGAAAGUUUCAGUCAUAAUUCCCACCUGGUGACACACCAGAGGACUCACACAGGAGAGAAACCAUACGAGUGUCCAGAGUGUGGGAAAAGUUUCAGUCAUAAGUGGACCCUGGUGACACACCAGAGGACUCACACAGGGGACAAACCAUAUAAAUGUCCAGAUUGUUGCAAAAGUUUCAGUCAGAAUUCUAGCCUUGUGACACACCAGAGGACUCAUUCUCAGGGCAAAUUGUAUGAAUGUCCAGAGUGUAAGAAAAGGUUCAGUAAUAAUGCCAGCCUGGUGACACACCAGAGGACUCACAAAGGAGAGAAAUCGUAUGAGUGUCCAGAGUGUGGGAAAAGUUUCAGAUGGAAUUCCCAUUUGGUAUCACAUCAGAAGACUCACACAGGAGAGAAACCAUAUGAGUGUCCAGAGUGUGGGAAAAGGUUCAGUAAUAAUGCCAGCCUGGUGACACACCAGAGGAUUCACACAGGAGAAAAACCAUAUGAAUGUCCAGAGUGUGGGAAAUAUUUCAGUAGAAAUUCCAACCUGGUGACACACCAGAGGACUCACACGGGAGAGAAACCGUUUGAGUGUCCAGUGUGUGGGAAAAGUUUCAGUCAUAAGUGCAGCCUGGUGACACACCAGAGGACUCACACUGGGGACAAACCGUAUGAAUGUCCAGAUUGUUGCAAAAGUUUCAGUCGAAAUUCCAACCUGGUGACACACCAGAGGACUCAUUCCCAGGACAAAUUGUAUGAAUGUCCAGAGUGUAAGAAAAGGUUCAGUAAUAAUGCCAGCCUCAUGACACAUCAGAGGACUCACACAAGAGAGAAACCGUAUGAGUGUCCAGAGUGUGGGAAAAGGUUCAGUCAUAAGUGCACCCUGGUGACACACCAGAGGACUCACACAGGGGGCAAACUGUAUGAAUGUCCAGAUUGUUGCAAAAGUUUCAGUCAGAAUUCCAACCUGGUGACACACCAGAGGACUCACACGGGAGACAAACCAUAUGUGUGUCCAGAGUGUUGCAAAAGUUUCAGUCAUAAUUCCAGACUCGUGACACACCAGAGGACACACACAGGAGAGAAACCAUAUGAGUGCCCAGAGUGUGGGAAAAGUUUCAGUCAUAAGUGCACCAUGGUGAUACACCAGAGGACUCACACAGGGGACAAACCAUAUGAAUGUCCAGAUUGUUGCAAAAGUUUCAGUCAGAAUUCCCACCUGGUGACACAUCAGAGGACUCAUUCCCAGGACAAAUUGUAUGAAUGUCCAGAGUGUAAGAAAAGGUUCAGUAAGAAUGCCAGUCUGGUGACACACCAGAGGACUCAUACCCUGGAGAAACUAUAUCAGUAAUGGCUAAUUUUUUCUAGACCGAGUGCCCAAAGUGCGCCCGAACCCCCAUGCGCAUACAACCUGAACACCAGCUGGGCAGUGGGAGGCAUGCGUGCAUGUGCAGCGGAGCUAAGCUGGGGUGACAGCUCACAUGCCAUCAGAGAGGGCGCUGCGUGCCAGCUCUGGCACACUCGCCAUAGGUUCGCCAUCACAGAACUAUAUGUAUGUCCUGAGUGUGGCAAAAGUUUCAGAUGGAAUUCCCACUUGGUAUCAUAUUAGAAGACUCACAUGGGAGUCGACAACUGUUCAUAUGAUGGUCUGGCCAUUGGUCUCCGGUAGUUCCACAAUGAAGUCCAUAGCUAUUUCCUCCCAUCGCUGGAUUGGGUUGACCAUGGAAUGUAGGAGGCCAGGUGGUUUCUUUAUAUGGGGUUUUGCGGUCGCACAGACCGGGCAACUGUUGAUGUAGUCCCUUAUGUCGUGUGGCAUCCUGGGUCACCAGAACUCUCUUGGCCAAAUGCAGGGUUUUUAGGAAACCGAAGUGCCUCGCCUGUUUUAUGUCAUGGCACCUCUGUAGCACUUGCGACCUCAGGGAGUAGGGCACAUACCAUUUACUGCUGUUCCAUGCCACCCCAUCCCGAUGGGUGAGCAGGGUCCAGUGGUCCAAAAACAAAGGGUCCGUUAGCAGUUCAGUCUGUAACCAACAGAUCAAUUUGUCUGAAUUCUCAACCGGUCACCAGGCUGAGAUCUGUGCAGCCUGUUGUGCUGAAGGGGGAAUUAUGGUGUCCACCACCUCCUCUCUGUGAUUGUUGUACAGUGGCAUCCUAGAUAACACGUCCACCAGGAAGUUCCUUCCCCCAGGGAUGUACUUCAAGUUGAAACAAAAACAUUGUAAGUACUGUGCCCACUGCACCUGUUUCGGUGAUGCCGUGGGGCUUGGAGUGCCUUGAGGUUUUUAUGGUCUGUCCACACCUCAAAUUUAUUUUAUUUAUUUAUUUAUAAUUAAAUUUAUAUACCGCCCUACUCCCGAAGGACUCAGGGCGGUGAACAGCCAGAAAGUAAAAUAUACAUAAUACAAAUGUUAAAAACCAUUUAAAAUACAUUAAAUACUUUGGCCAGAUUUAAAACACCCCAAUUAUAAAACUAAUUUAAAAACAAUUAAAAAGGGAGGUUAGGCCAGACCAGCCUGCUGGAAUAAGAAUGUUUUGAGGGCGCGGCGGAAAAUGCGCAGAUCCGGGAUCCUCUGUAUCUCCCGAGUAAAAUGUAAAAUGGCACUUUACUCCCCUACAGGAGAAGGCGCCAUGUCAUGAGGGGCCACUGGACCGCGAAAGCCUCCUCCCAGAUAGCCCAAUGCCAUUCGGUUUCUAUGAGUUUCCGGGAGGUGUACGCACACAGCUGUAGCUUCCCCAUUCGUUCGCCUCGACUACAAAGACUUGGUCAAGAUCUGGAUGUUUCAGCAUUGGCUCUUUGACGAUCAGGGCUUUUAGGCAGAGGUGGGUUUCAGCUGGUUCGGAUGAACUGGUUGUUAAAUUUUUGCGCAGUUCGGAGAACCGGUUAAUCGCACCACUGGCUGGCCCCGCCCACCCCCUCCCAGUCCUUAUCUUGCCUCACCCACCUUGGCCAUGGCAAAUCAGCUGUUCUCUGGCUCCCUCAUUCGCUAGCUCUCUUGCCUCGACCAUGUGGCCCCCGCAGCCCAACCCACUUGCAUGCCUUCACCCCAGCCUUCCGCAUGGGCCAGUUACCUGCCUGUCUGGUGAGCCUUCCUUUGCCUCUUUGCUUGUGCGAAUGGCCUGCUACAGGGCCUUCCUAGAGCUCCCCUAGCCCUUACAUCUCCCUGUACAUCUCCACCCCGGACCACCCCAACGAUGCCCUUGAUGUGAUGUCUCGCUGCCUGGAGGCCGUGCGGGUCUGGAUGGGGAGGAACAGGCUCAGACUCAACCCCUCCAAGACCCAGUGGCUGUGGCUUCCGGUGCCCUGAUAUAGUCAGCAGGUGCCAUCGCUGACUAUUGGGGGUGAAUCUUUGCCCCCCACGGAGAGGGCUCGCAAUCUGG